UAGACAGUUCCCCGGACUCGUCUUACUUUUCCAUCUCCUCCCACCCAGCCCAACCUCCCCUGCUUGCGACGCGAAUGGGACGCCUGAGGACCCAACGAGCAUGCGCAACCAUUCCGAGCAUGCCCAGUAGCGCGCGCGUCGUUCUGGGGCUUCACUGCGCGGUGGCCGACGCGGAGGAUUCCGCGGCUGCUGCGGGAGCGACAGGAAGUGAAGCGGCCCGUCCGGGCGACCGCGGCGGCAGAAACAGAGGCGGAAGGGGCGCUGCGGUGACGACGUCGGCGACGACGUCGGCGACGGGGGUGGACGAGGGGGUCGAGAACCGAGACGACUCGCCCGCUCGGAAGCCGGAUCCCGAGCCGGGCAGGAUGGAUCACCACCAGCCGGGGACUGGCCGCUACCAGGUGCUUCACAAUGAAGAAGAUAAUUCAGAGUCAUCUGCUGUAGAGCAACCAUCAACUUCAAACCCAACACCGCAGAGCAUUCAGACUGCUCCUUCAGCAUCAGUACUUGAAACGGACUCUUCUCCUCCACCUUAUAGUAGUAUUACUGUGGAAGUACCUACAACUUCAGAUACAGAAGUUUACAGUGAGUUUUAUCUUGUGCCACCUCCCUACAGCGUCGCUACCUCCCUUCCUACAUACGAUGAAGCUGAGAAGGCCAAGGCUGCCGCAAUGGCAGCCGCAGCCGCAGAGACAGCUCAGAGGAUUCAGGAGGAAGAGUGCCAACAAAGAGAUGACUUUAGUGAUGCAGACCAGCUCAGAGUGGGUAAUGAUGGGAUUUUCAUGCUGGCAUUUUUCAUGGCAUUUAUUUUCAACUGGCUUGGAUUUUGUUUAUCCUUCUGUAUCACCAAUACCAUAGCUGGAAGGUAUGGUGCCAUCUGUGGAUUUGGACUUUCAUUGAUCAAAUGGAUUCUUAUUGUUAGGUUUUCUGAUUAUUUUACUGGAUAUUUCAAUGGACAGUAUUGGCUUUGGUGGAUAUUUCUUGUACUUGGCCUGCUUCUUUUCUUCAGAGGAUUUGUUAAUUAUCUAAAAGUCAGAAACAUGUCUGAAAGUAUGGCAGCUGCUCAUAGAACAAGAUAUUUCUUCUUAUUAUAGAGACUGCAUCGACCAGACAUUCUUUUCUUAUAUCAAUGUGAAAUUUCCAGAUCAUCUGUAAACCUACAACUUUAAUAGAAGACUACUAAAAGCAGAAGACAAAUUAGUGAAGAAAAGAUAGAUCUUCAAAAUUGAAUAGCAGGAUGGUUUAUGCUUAAAAGCCAUUUCUGUUCAUUCUCUUAAAUAUUUAUAUUUCAUUUGUUUUGCACAUUUGCAUACGUGCCCAUGUAAAAGAUUUGCGUAUACUUGAAAGAAACCAUAAAGUUGUAGCAGUAAAGUCCAGUCAUAUUUGGUUAAUCAGUGUUUGUUAUAAUUGAAGGAGGUGAGUGAGAAACAGUCUUCCAGCAUGUAAAUGCCAUUGACUUCCGACCUGACAUUUAGUAUAAUAAAAAUGAAAUUAUUCAAAUGCUUUAGUUUCUGGCUCCUAGAUUCAUCUAGUAACUCUACACAUGAAACAUCCUUUGUUAUAUAUAGUUUUUGAAACCUGCAGUGCUGAUUAUAGAAGAACUUUGUCAGAUAUUUGAACAUGAUAUUUACAUUAUUAUUUAGCAAACUCUGUAAAUAACCAUGCAUAAAUUACUUUCUGCAUUGUUUUCUUAGAAACUGUCUGGAUAUCUUUUCAAUUAAUUUAAAAUUAAGUGAACUUAAUAUAUAGAGAAAAUUUGGGUGUUAAAGAUAGUUUGUUUUAGGACAGAUUUUAAGAAGAUAUGGGUAUUCCACAUGUCCCUUAUAUAAAAACAUCUUUUCAUUGUUUUCUUUUUAAGGGACAUGCCAAGUUUAGGGAUUCUGUCGAGAAGCUUGGUUUUUAGCGUUGCCAUCUUAGAGAGUCUUGUAGGAAGAGAUUGUAUUAGACAUUAUAUUUAUUUCAUUUAAGACACUUUGGAAAAUUAAUUUUCUGAAUAAGAUUCUCAUUUGCAUUUGUCUUUUAAGAAGCCAAUAAAAGUAUCUUUCACUUAUCAUUGUAAUAAUUUCUUCUUUAGAUGUUUAGUUUGUUAAAUGAAACAAAUCAAAACUUGUACUAAUAGCUUCUUGCUUUAUGAUUGUAGGAUUAACCUAUAAAAAUCAUAUCUUGAAUUCAGAUAUGCAAAAUAAUCUGUUUUUAAGUUACAGAAAUGUGUCUGUGGAAUAUGGGGGUGUGGUUUGUGUGUGUGUGUGUUGCAAGAGUAUGUGUGUAUGUGACCAUUAUUAAAACUGGAAUCUACAUUCAUAAGCUACUACAUUUUGCAAAUCAUUUUAUGUCUCAUCUGUUUUCUUUUCAGUUAUAUUUUUGUUUUUGAAUGCCAGAAUUAAAAAUGGGAAUUAUAUCAUCUUUUAAACUUAAAAGUAAUUUAAUACAGCUAUAGAGUACAUAUAAAAUUGGUUGCUUGUUUAUUAUUAGACACUGACUACUACUAAAAGAUACAUCUAAAACUAUUCAGGGACAUUUUUCCAUUUCUGAAAAAAUAAAUUAUGCUUUAUAACUUCUUUUGUAUUUCUUUGUAUUUUCUGAUUUAUUUCAUUGUCUUUGAUAAAUAAAACAUGCAGUUUUGUUUUGCUAAUUGAGCGUCCUAUUUUUUGUUUUCUCUCAUUCAUUUUCCUUCCCUACAUAGAAUUUUUAUUGUUGAUGGAAGUACCUGUGUUAUACCCCUUGAAGUCAGACUAGCAUGGGGUCAAGAAAACAAAAUAUUUAAUUUAGUUGCCUGAUUUGGAAUUUAAAAUUAAAUUAGAAUGUAUUUAUGAGAAAUGGAAUCUCAUGCUAGGUCUCUUCUUUAUCGCAUAUUAAGUUUCUAUCGACCUGUACUUUGUUUUUUGUGAUAAUUUUUAAAUUAAGCUAUCGUACAUGGUAAUUGUAGAUUACUAGAUGAGCUGUCACAUCACUUUAUUAAAAUGUAACAUUUUAGUUUUUGUGGUAUUUAUCCUUGGUUUCUGAAUAUGGAUGUGUCACUUUUGAUCCAACAUCAAAACCUUCAUUUUUUGUUUUGGUCCCCCCCCCCAAAUCUAUAAGGUUCAAGUGUACAUGUUACCUGAUCCCCUAUAAUUGGUACAAUUCAGUGGUAGCCGUAAAUCUCAUCAUCCAAUUGGGCAUAGAAUAUUAUUUUUAAAACCUUAACAUUCUCUUCCAGAUCUAUCAAAUUCUGCAUACUUCCCUUCAUUUCCUGUGAGCUUGGAUAGAACAGUUGCUGUUGUGUUUUGGGGUUGCUUAACUGCCUUUGCACUCUGUCUUAAAGUUUGAAAAUCAGAAUCUUUGUUAGGGUGUCUAAAUAAUUUUUGAAUGAUUGUGAACAGGGGCUUGGAAAUUAAUGCAAAUAUUUAUUAAAUUAUUUCUAUUAUAUUUGAAUAAGCUAGUUAGGGCUAGGAUAUUAUGUAUUCAUGAAAUCAACUGAAUUUAAGGUAAAAAUACAUUUUUCUGUAUAGUGUGUUCAGGAUUGGAAUUAGGAAUUUAAAAUUAAAAGACAAAUCUUAUUAUACUCAGUUAAAAUAAAAAUCUCUCUUUAAGAGAAAAAAUACUAAUCUCUAUCUAGCCUUUUAUUUUGAGUC